AUGAGCAUCUUUUUUCUCCUAAUGACCUGCGUUGUGUUUACCCUGAUGUAUAUCUUCUGGAAAAAGCGGUUCCAGGGAAACACUGGUGAAAUGGCAACUGAUUUGGAAUUCCCCAAAUCACCUACAUCAUCACCUGAAAGCAGUACUGAUACUCUGUCAGUCAACAGCCUCUCCCGGGAUAUCUUCAACAGUUUCCCACAUUCAGUGGCUAUACAGAAGCGUAUACUGACAAACCUCAGGAUGGUGGAAUACAAACUAAAUGAACUGGAACAUUUCCUAAAUGUCAAGGGUACAAAUGGUACAUUGACUCAUCGGAAAUGUUCAAAGAUUUCCAAUUGUAAGCAGAAUAAAAACAAUCAUUAA